CUCCCGAUCCCGUCCGUCGCCGUCCGUCAUCUGGAGUGCGUCGCAUUCUAGGAUCGCGAUUUGGAGAGAGACUCGAGGAUACGCAAUGCAAAAGGAUCUGUACAGCGAGUCCUUCCCGAGGGAAGGAGCCGCGAAGGUUACUGUAGCGUCAUUCUAUGACACUGCGAGUUCGGAUCCAUCGAUCGUCCUGGAGAGAAUUCGAAUCUAUGACGCAAGUCGGGAAGCUGGGAGAAAUCUUUAGAUUGUACAGAGUGUCCCGGAAUCACAUCAGCAGAUUCUUCUGACGUUCAUCAGGACGGCCUUUCGAUUUGUUUCUUUUCUUCGCUUUUCCCUUCACUCAAACCACAAAUUACAACGGGGAGAUUAUCGAGGAAUUCGCUAUCCUCUUUCUCGUUCGAGACGUCACGCAUCGUAUUGUACGCACGAGAUGGAGCGAAUAGAUCAUUGAUCCGCCAUGAGCGUCUGGGAAUCUUAGAAACUGAGGGAUGAGGCAUUUGGACGACGGAAAUGGAUUCCGGGCACGCGACCGCGAGUACGAGGACCGAGACUACCUGGGAGCGCUUGAGGAGCACGUCCCCCGAGACUCCCCCGAUCAAAAUCACUCGCCUAACCUCUCCCCUGUCCUCCUUGCCCUCCUCCACAUCCUUCCCCUCCGCAAACGUCGAGAAGGUCUCCAAUCGAAGCCACAAGAUCCGCAAUCACACGAUGGACGGCAUGGACAACAAGCCGGUGUUGAACGAUGAUCCCUCGGUCACCCUGACCAUCCGCCUGAUUAUGCAGGGCAAAGAAGUUGGGAGCAUUAUCGGGAAAAAAGGAGAGAUCGUCAAGAGGUUCCGUGAAGAGUCCGGCGCGAAAAUCAAUAUCUCCGAUGGUUCCUGCCCGGAACGGAUAGUGACUGUCACCGGGCCGACGAACUCGAUCUUCAAGGCGUUCACGCUGAUAUGCAAGAAGUUCGAGGAGUGGUGCUCGCAGUUCCACGACAUUCAGGGUGGCGGUGCCGGAGGUGGCGGUGGUGUAUCGAGGCCGCCGAUCACACUCAGAUUGAUCGUCCCCGCUUCGCAAUGCGGCUCCCUGAUCGGCAAGGGCGGCUCUAAGAUCAAAGAAAUUCGGGAGGUUACUGGCGCCUCCAUCCAAGUCGCUUCCGAGAUGCUGCCUAAUUCGACGGAACGUGCAGUAACCAUAUCCGGUACCAGCGAGGCGAUCACGCAAUGCAUAUAUCAUAUCUGCUGCGUUAUGCUAGAGUCCCCUCCCAAAGGUGCCACGAUCCCUUAUCGCCCCAAACCCCAAGUCGGUGGGCCAGUGAUCCUGGCUGGUGGGCAAGCCUACACCAUCCAGGGUAAUUACGCGGUGCCCGCCCACUCGGACGUAAGUACAGUAUUACCAUUGCCCGCGCCCGCUGCCGGGCCCCCCCCGCCCUCGCUGAACCCCCAAACUUUGACGACCUCGCCCUUCGCGGCCCACCCCUCGUCCUCGGCCUUCGCCGCUUCUCACGGGCACCCGCUCCUAUCCACGGCCCAUCUUACGACCCCACAUCAUCCUCUCCACCCGAGCCCCUUACACGCCAGCGUGGCAGGCCUCGCCGACCCCCUGCUGAAGAGUGGACACUUGCAGGCAGCCCUCCCGCCCGCACACCUCGUGGCAGACGCCAUGGGCAAGUUGGGCAGCAAUCCUUUGGCUGGACUAGCAGCCUUAGGCCUUGGAGGUCUUGCCACACCGGCGAACACGGGUGGUCUUAAUCCAGCAGCGUUAGCCGCAUUGGCUGGAAGCCAGCUGCGUACGAGCAACACGAACAGGCAGCAACCGGCGGCGAACAAUCAGACGCAUGAGAUGACCGUGCCAAAUGAGCUGAUCGGUUGCAUCAUUGGGAAGGGCGGUACCAAGAUCGCCGAGAUCCGUCAGAUCUCCGGCGCCAUGAUCCGAAUCAGCAACUGCGAGGAGAGGGAGGGCGGAGCAACGGAUCGCACGAUCACCAUAACCGGGAACCCGGACGCCGUGGCGUUGGCACAGUAUCUCAUCAAUAUGAGUGUUGAACUGCAGAAAGCUAACCUAGAGGCCCAAAAUACCCAAACCCCUGGCAGCGGUACCACUCCCGGAGCAUCCGGGGCCAGUGCUUCCCCCUCUACCACCACUACCACUGCCUCUCCUUUGGCCAGCGCCAUCCCCUUGGCUCAGCUGCUAAGCAAGCCAGGCGCCCUCAACGCCCUAUCUAGCCUCACCGCCCUCGGCGGACUCACGGAAUUACUAGGUGGUGCUGCUGGCGCAGCUGCAUCCGCGCUACCGGUCCAGACUACCGGCGUGCACCGAUCGCACAAGACCUUUACGCCGAGGCUCCGUAGCCCGGGCGCACCAGGCCCGACCGACAGCGGCAAGUUCAAGUCCGAGCGUACCAAGUAUAAUCCGUACUGAAUGAACGGACGAGCGGCGGAAUGAUAAAAGAUGAUGUUACAGGGGGAACACUAUACACAUACACACAAAUCUACUACUACACACUCUUAUAGCGUACACUUGUGUAAUACACCGAAGUAAAGUGCGUACGGACGCCAGGGUAGCGAGUACGAAGACUUGGCGAAGGAUCGACUCGUUGUUUUUUGUUACUAAAAUGAUUGUUAAGAUGGGAGCGUGAGCACGAGUUAAAUGAGUUAAACGAGUUAAAAUAAGUUUUGUUUAAAUAAGUGGAUUGUGUGGUACACGGAAAUGAUUAACAUCGCGUGGAUGAAGAAGAUGAUUCUCUCGAUCAUACGAAAGAUCAUCUUUAACUGAUUUUGGUAAGUUUUUUUUCUUCAAAAAAAUGAAACGUUUUUGAAUCGUUUUUUCAGAGAUAACAAAAAUGCUCCGCUUGCCCAUAUUAUAUUCGCUCACUUCCUCCUAAGAAUCACUGUGCUGAAACAUUUUGUAGGAUUUUUAUUUCUUUUUGAUGUAUUAUUGUUAGCCGAGGAAAAAGAAAAGGACAGAAUUCGAGUCGGUGUUUGGAAUCUUUUGCGUUAUUAAAUCGUAUGAUCCGAUGCUAAGUCUUAGAAACAACACAUAUACUAUCGUGACACGCCCUCCGAGAUCGGGAUGUUCGACGCUAUCGUGUAAAGACUGAUUGUGUGAUGUAAUGAAGCGGCGGAAAUCAUUAAUGAUAAAUUCUCUUGAGAUCCCUUGCAAUUAUUAAAGCUUUUUAGUCAUACGUUUUAUUUUCUACGAGCGGUUUCUGAUAGGCUCGGAGGACGCGAUCGCUCAUGCACCCGUCGCAAGACAGUCUUUUUUUAUAUAUAAAUAUAUACUUAUAUUAUUAUUGUAAUUAUUAUUACAAUAUUAUGAAUUAUAAUUAAUUACUGUUUGGAGCAAAAAUUCUUAUUAGUAUAGCUAUUCUGAUGUGAUUUUUUUCUCGUAGUAGUUAGAAAUUCUAUCGAUAGAGAAGGAAAAUUUUUCGCGCGCGCGUGAAUGAAUAUGUGUGAUGAAGAGAAAAGGAAGGAAAGUGCGUGAGAGAAAUCGUCUUUUGAAUCAUGUGUUUAUCAGUCUUUGUAAUAAAUCGUGUUGAGAAUGCACUAUGUCAUAAUCAUGUAACGUGCUUUAGAUAACUUUUGCGGUCUUCUUUCUUACGAAGAAAAAAAAACGAUCUACAGAACGAUCGAAAAGUUCGCAAAGAAUGCGAACACGGUGAAUUUGGAAGCAUUAUAAUCGACCAUCGCAAUAUGAAAUAAUCAAUCAAGCUAUACACAUAGUGUAUUUGUUGUAACGGUAAUAAACUUAAUCCUUAUAUGCACGCGAGACGACCAAGGUCUGCAUGGAAUCGCGUGUAAAUUAUGUUUUUGUGAAAUUAAACUAAUAAAACACGUAUUAUAUACACAAAAAGACACGGUCAGAUUUCUAAUUCCACGAUAAUUCGAGCGUCUUCUUGAUUUACUGUUCUAUAAAAUGAUCGGAAAAGUAUGGAGUCGUCUAGCCGCGGAAGAAAACGUUCGAUCGAUUCCGGUCGAAAUCUAACAUAAUCACGGAAAAAAAGGGAAAAAACUGUUUUGACAGAUAUUCGAGGUAUAUCACCUGGAUAAAAACUGAUUAAUAAUGGAAUCACCAUAUAAGUGUUUGUGUGCUCAAUUUUCUAGUUCAUAGCGAGUACUUGCAAGUAUAGCGACCGAUCGGGUGUAGGACAUAACGAUCGGAUUGUCACAAGUACUGGUAGCUAUCGCGAGCGUGGCCAUGGUUUAUCGGAACGCGCGGUGAUAGCAUGAAGAAUCAGAAUUUCCGUUUGCCAAGAAAAGUGUAUGCCGAUCGGAUCAACCGUCGCCAUGAUCGCGAGAUAUCUUCAUUGCGUUUUCUUUCAUUUUAGAUUGUACGGUCUCGUUCCAUUUUUUUUCUCGAGACAAUAAAACUCACGCCCAGGACUCUAAGCGACUGUUCACGAUGGAAAAAAAAAACAGCAUAAGUGGGAAAAAUCGCGAGGGUAAUGCGUUAGAAAGUACGCAGUCCCAUCAUGCAUGUAGGUAUAUCAAGUGAAGCGAUGCGCAUAACCUAUAAUAAGUAAAGAAAUUAUUUUACAGAUGCAAUUAAAAAAAAGAAAAAAAAAUACUUGCAUUGUAUUUAACGAGAAUAUAGAAUUCCUUUGGACAGAUAUUUAAUAAGAGAAGCCAUUGCUGUGUGUCUGGUAUUCCUACAUCAUGCAUAGAAUCCUGUAGGCAGAUAAUCUUCAGCUGUACAUUAGUCUAUAACGAUAUCGCAGAGCUUACAUGCUUAACAGACUUUAGCCACCCUGUAUCAUCUUGUUAAAUAAAGCUAGGCGUGUUUAAUACAGUAAGAGGAAAAUACAAUACCAAAUAAAAACA